AUGUUCAGCCGUGGUUGCGGGGUAGGCGCAAUGUGGUACCGCGACCUCUGCCUAAAGCAGGAGAAGGAACGGGUGGUUUUAAUCCCUAAUAAUCUGAAGUACAUAUGCUCGGAUUGCGUAGACAACUUGGAGAAAUCAACGGCCUUCAAACUUCAGACUACGAAGAGUCUGAACAUGCUUCAGAAUGUUAAAGAUGAAGAAUAUCUUGACGAAUCCAUUCUGGAGGAAGCGGAGACCAGCAAUAAUGAUGCUAAGAAAAUGGAAAUACUAAAGUCCACGUCAGAUGGUGAAGACGAUGAUAUGGAUGAUUUAGAUGACGAACACGCCAUCCAGGCUCUGGAUGAAACGACCUGCAUCUAUUGUGACCUUCAACUGGCUACAGUAGAAGAUGUCCAUGAUCAUAUACGCACUGUCCACGAACUGGAACCCAGGACUGGACUCCCGCUUAGAGAGUGUUCGCUUUGUGGAGUUGCUUUGAGGGAUCCAGCUGAUCAUCAUAACAGGUGUCAUGGCGUCAAAUCAGAUCCGGAGGGUCGGAAAUACCCGUGUCACUUUUGUGACAAUAUUUACGUCAGCAAGAAGGCUUGCUUCACGCAUUUACGGAUGAAGCAUGGAUUGAAACUAUGCAACGAGCAGACUCCAAAGUAUGUCCCGAAGGAACGCAAAAAAUGUCAUAUGUGUAACCGCGACUUUAGUCAGAAACAGAUUCUCAACAAACACCUGUGGAAGGCUCAUGGAUUUGAGGUGGAAAAACGGAAAGCAUUUAUUUGCCCUCUUUGUGACGAAAGAGUGAGUUACGGAUCAAACUUUAGCGCCCAUCUUUUACAUGCGCAUAGAGUUCACGAACAGGUGGAGCAAUUGGAGUUUCAUAAUAUGGACGGUGAGUCAUCUAUCUCUCUAAGUCUUCAGCAUCUUUAUGGGGCGGCAAACGAGCAGGCGUAUUACCUGAUGGGGAAAGGCAAACGCCCAGCUCCGGAAAGACAGAUUUACAAGACGGGCAAAGCGUGCCCCGCUCAUAUGAUCGUUACGGAGACGAUGGAUCGAGUGCUGGUCACAUUUUAUAAAACCCACGUUGGGCAUGGUCCUUGUCCCUAUUUUGAACCGAGGGAGUCUAAGAAGAUGAAGUCAGAACCUCAUGCCAGUUCAUCCAUCGUAAUGGAUGAAGCUUUAAAAGCUGGAGUGGAGCCUAAAGAUGAAGCGGAUACAGCAGAAGAGUCCUGUUUGAUGUGUGAUGCCUGCGGCAUGUCAUUUGGGGAUUCCGAUAAGUUCAGAGACCAUGUCGCCACCCAUGGCUUGGAGCUGUUCCCUUGCCAAUAUUGUGAUGAUGUGAACAGUAGGAAAAAAAAUACUUCCCGCUGCACACCUAGGUGGUCUCACGAGGUGUAUGGUGGGCAAAGAGCGCAAUCGCCGCCCCAGGAUACUCGUAAUCAGCCGGGGUUGCAGGUUAAGCGCAAUGAGUCACCGCGGCCUCGGCCCAGAGCAGGAGAAGGAACAGGGGGUUUUUAG